AGACAACCAAGCACCCAAGGGACCCUCAGUCCGAACGCCCACCGAUGUGCAGAAGCUACAGAGCUCCUGUCGGCUGUCGCGAGCUCCUCCACCCAGCUGGGAGUCCCAGAGGACAGAGAUGACGGCCCCUGUGAUCCUGCUGCAGCUCUGGAGCAUGUGGGCCUCCCUGCGUUCCUCAGUGGGAGAGGAGACUCUGUGCCCCGCGGGAGCCCAGGUCGACCUGGCGACGCUGCGAUGCUAUUGGCUGUCAGGAGCAGCGGCGGCGUGGUCGGAGGUGCGGGGGGGGUGCACACUUACGGCAGGAGGAGAGCUGGCGAGGGUACAAGGUCCAGACCACCUGCUGUUCAUCCAGAACGCCUUCCCAACGAGAGCCGGUGCCUGGGUGUGGGUGGGGCGCGGGGGGGCAGAGGGCCCCCAGCCGAGGGCCCCCGGGUGGGGCAGGGCUGGGAUGGGGCUGGGAGACUGCCCCCUGGUGGCCCUAGGGACCAGAGGGCAGCGGAGGACGACAGCAUGUGAAGAAGAACAUCUCUCCCUCUGUGAGAGCCAGGUGACAGUGUCUCUGCCGUCUCCAGACAGUUACCUGACAGGUGUGCCUCUGAUGUCCGCCGUGUACGCAAGGACCCAACUCCGCCCCCUCCCCAUCGCCCCGGCAACCAGCCAACUCGGAGUGGAGAUGCUGCUCUUCCCCGGGCUGUGGUUCAGCCACGCUGGCCAGGUGGAGUCAGUGGAGCUGGUGGUCCAGCCCAGCCAAGUGUGGUCCCUGGCCAGGGUCCUCAUCCUCAGGCCUUACUGCAGGCCCAGCCACCACCUGGUGCCCCCAGGGUGUAGCUCCCUCCUCAACCCCUUCAGUGUGUGUUCCUCCGUGCCGCUGUGUAACACCACCGGGGGCUGUGCCCGGGGGUGGUACUGGUGCCACCUGCAGGAGGGCUGUGUUCCCGUCACCAGCCCCUGCAGCCCCUACCAGCCCCCUGUCUCUCCCGGGGGCCACAGCUACCCCCAGCCCCCCCGCUACCACGCAGUACCUCCUCUGUACCACCAGGUGGCAGACCUGCCUCUCAGAGUGGAGCCCAGCGUAGAACAAACCCACAUCAGUGUGGUUCUCCCGGAGAGAGAGAUCCUGGUGUUCCCUGACGACAUCUUGGCCGUACAAUCCACCCGCCCCCCCGGAACCUUCCUCCACUGCCGUACCGCUGGCUCCUCCCCCUGGCGUCAGAGCUACCUCUCCCUGAGGGGGAAGGAGUGGGGGGGGUGGUGGGAGGGAGGCCUCUCGUCCCCCCCUGAGGGGGGAGUGUGGGUGGACGGGGUGGAAUGUGACCUACGGAUGCUGUACGUGGACACACUGCACGGGGACGGCACCGGACAGAACCAUCUUAGCGGCUUCACCCACGCCUCCAGCACCCCCAUCACCAGGGCCCAGACCCCCUCUCCUGCCCCAGCGCUGAGCCCCAUCUCUGGACUUGGCUUCAUCCACCCCCGGCCUGACGCAGACCACCGGAUCCACAUCCUGGUCGACGUCCCCACGCUCGUCGUCGUUAAAAUCCUCUCCGGCGAGGGAGCCACCAGCUCCUGGUCUGCCCCAGUGCUCCAGACGGGGGUGAUCUUCCAGCCAGCCUGCCCAGAGGAGCUGCCUCGUGGCUGGGCUGGCUGUGAGCAGGAGCCCCCAGGCUCCUGGUUCUCCUGGGCCCUGCUGGUCCUGCCGUCUGUGGGGGAGAGGAGCGUGAGGGUGAGGGCGGUGAACGGAGUUAGCUCCCAGAGUGCAGGUGUGCAGGUGUGGGCAUACGAGCAGGUGGCAGGGCUACACCUGGGGCCCAGCGGACGGCUGAGGAUGCUGGUAGGCGUGUCACAGUUGUUCACAGCCAUGGUGGAGAGAGGGUCUUCAGUGAGGUUCACCUGGGUGAUAGACGGCCUGGAGAGUUUGGCCUAUGAAGGAGACUCCUACACUGUGGUCUUCAAGAAGCCCUCUCAGUACAAGCUCACGGUGACAGCAGCCAAUCCUGUGAGCUCUGAGACCGUAGAGGUCAUCCUGACCGCUGAUGUUAUGAUCCCGAUCGCCCAAUCAGAGUUUGUCUCCGUCAACGAGGUCAUCGCUGUUGCAGCCACACAUCUUUACAACUUCCGGGUCAAAGUUGACAUCUCCCUAGGGGUCACCUUCAGGUGGGAUUUUGGAGAUGGGCAUGGCCAGGUAAACCACACCCACCCUGCCCUGUAUGACUCUAAGAGGGAGGAGCUUCUGAAGGGCGGAGUCAGACAGGUGUAUGUGCAGGACUCUGCUAGCCAUGUCUACCUGCAGCCAGAUGACUACACAGUGAAGGUCCAUGUCUAUAACAGCUAUGACAGCGUGGAAAGAGCCAUGACAGUUAAAGUCCGCCUUCCUCUGACCAGUCUGUCCGUCUUCACCUUUCCCGCCAUCCCCCUCGUCAACCACUCGUUCCUUCUAGAAGCCUCCCCCGAACCUUCCGUCUAUGGAAUCCUGUACACCUGGAACUUUGACGACGGUUCCAAAGAAGUCCAGGGGUUCCGUGGUCAGGUCAGCCAUGUUGUGGCCAAUGCCGGAAGCUACAACGUGACUGUGAGUGCCAACAACACCCUGACCGCCCUGGCAUCCUGGGUAACGGUGACAGUGCUGGAAGCCGUGGCCGGACUCCGGCUGAGCUACAACGGACCCAAUGAGCUGAACUCUGCGACUGAAAUCCACGGGGAAGUAUCCUCCGGGUCGAAUCUUGUCUGGGUUUUUGACUUUGGCGACGGGUCGGGGGGAAAAUCCACCCCUGUUUGCUCUUCUUCCCACGUGUAUGGGUCCGCAGGGAACUACACAGCCACCGUGACCGUGUCCAACUCUGUCAGCCAGGCCAGUCAGUCCCUGCCAGUGGAAGUCUUCAGGUUGUCCAUCCGUGCACUCCAGCCUGUGGGGUGUGUCAGGAGCGGGGAGGAGAUACCGCUCCAAGCUCAGGUGAACGGAGACGUGUCCUUGUUGGUUUUCCGCUGGAGUUUCGGUGACGGGUCGCCGUUGGCGAUCCAUGAGGGGAAUUCCACCGCUGCACACAUCUACUCGAGCCCCGGGGUGUAUCGUGUCAACGUGACCAUUCUGAGCCCGGUCGGAUCAACCUUUCUGGUCGCUGACGUUUGCAUCCAGGCACCCAUACAAGACUUGACCGUUCGUCCGUUUCAAGGGGCCGUGGCCCUAGGAGAGGAAGUGUGUUUGAACGCGGUCGUUAACCCCAAACAAACAGCCGGCUACCAGUUCCUGUGGACGCUUUUCCCGACUUUUGGAAAACCGUCCGUUUCAACCAACAUGUCGGUUAUCUACACUUUCACGGAAGCAGGUGACUAUGAAGUAUCUGUGAAUGUGUCUAACAUGGUGAGCUGGGAGGCUGUCUCUCACAGAGUCACUGUGCAGGAAGCUGUCCGAGGCCUGAGCCUAAACCUGAGCAGUUCCUCCGUCUGUACGGAAGACACCGUCGUCUUCACACCUGCCGUCUCUAAAGGAAGUGAUGUCACCUUCUCUUUAACGUUCCAGGAAAGCGGUUCGGUUAUCGAGUGUGCGGGGGGCGGAUUCGCAACCUCUGACCUCCCAGCCGGGGCCCACUCGGUGACUGCGAGAGCCUGGAACCAGGUGAGCAGAUCGCAGGUGGUCCGGACUGUGCAGGUGAUCGAGCGGAUCCGAGGUCUACGAUUGGUCAGCCCGAGUUCCGCUAUUUUGGAGGCUCUAAAAGAGGUCAAUUUUCAAGCAGAGGUCACGAGUGGAUCUCCGACCAACUACACCUGGAUAUUCCACCCCGAAGGGUCCCAACCAAAACAGGGACAGGAAGUGAUGUUCUCUUCACCCGGAAGUGGUUUGUUAUCCGUAGGUUUGGUGGCGGACAAUGGUGUCUGCUCCCAAACUGUGAACAAGAGUUUCGUUGUUCAGCGUCCCGUUAGAGAGGUCAAACUAGAGUGUACGUCGACACAAACGUUUACUGGAUAUCCGAUAACCUUCCUCGCAGCAGUAGACGGAGGCACCGAUCUGAGAUUUCAUUGGGACUUUGGAGACGCAGAUGAAGUGGUUGUUACGAACAUAAACACCGUCUCUCACGCGUAUCGUUCUGCCGCGCGGUAUUCCGUCCAGCUCACGGCUUCCAACGCCAUCAGCCAGGUCUCCUCAGGUCUGCGUGUGGAGGUGAGCGACCUCCAGUGCUCGCUCCCUGAAGUCUCCCUAGUCCAGACCCGCUCCAUCAUCCCCAGGUCCAGAACCGGAUACUUCGAAGCCAGCGUACACGCCAAAACCUGCACCACAUACAAGACCACCUACCAGUGGAAGGUGUAUGAAGGGUCCAACUGUGGAUCCGAAGACGUGACAAAGUCGUCGCCCCCCCAUAGGGGUCUGGUGGCCCUCGGGGGUGAUGUGGACGUGACCUCCCCCUUUCUGUCCCUCCCUGGACGAACUCUGGAUGUAGGCCACUUCUGUCUGGUCUUCACCACCAGACUUCAAGGAACCCCACUGCAGCUGUCUAGGAGCACCAGCCUCUCUGUGGUUCCCUCCCCCCUGGUGGCCGUCAUCAAGGGGGGCUCCCAGCGACUCUGGCCCAGCCACAGCGACCUGAUCCUGGACGGCUCUCUGUCCCAUGACCCGGACGUGGAGCCUGGAGGGGAGGAGGAGCUGGAGUAUCACUGGGGGUUCAUUUCUCGGAAAUCUAGCGAGCCGCCUCCUGCUGGCCAGGAAUGGAACAGCACGACCAGCAGGAUGACUGUGCCCAGCCGUGUCCUGCAGUCAGAUGUCUACCUUUUCACUCUGACCAUCAGCAAGAAGGGGAGAACAUCUGUCUCCACUACACAGUCUGUGUCAGUGAGCCAGGCCCAAGUACUUCCUGUGACGGUGGAGUGCGUUUCCUGUCGCCCUCUCUCCUCUCUGCGGGUCGGUGUCGGUCGCCCAGUCGUGCUGUCUGGAAGCUGUGAGCAGUGUGACGGCCGUGCUGAGUACCAAUGGACCGCCAUUGACCAGACCGGCUUGACCCUUGACCUGGACGAGGUCACUACCUCCACGGGGGGCCGGUCGCCUGCCCUGGUGCUCCGUCCUGGUGUGCUCAGGGAGGGGCUGACCCUCACCCUUAGCCUGAAUGUGACCCAGCCUGGAGGUGGGUACCCGGGCAGCGCCAGCCUCACCCUCAGCCCCUACCCACCCCCAAGCGGAGGACAGUGUAGUCUGACACCUGGGGAAGACAUGCUCCCGCUGGAGACUGUGGUCACCUACACCUGCUCAGGCUGGGAGGAUUCUGCACAGCUCAUAUACAGCCUCCAGGUGGCGCCAUGCCCACCCAGCAACCCUGCCUGCCCCCUGCUCACCCUCUACAGGGGAACGCAGUCCACGUUCCGAGCCCUGGUUCCCCUUGGCAACCCUGGCCCAAAGAAGCACCUGUCAAUCAUCUCCGUGAUCCUGCAGGUGGAGGACCAUCUGGGGUCUACGGUCACUGCCCUCAACAGGACUCUGUCGGUGCGGCGGCCAAGGGAGGGGGAGGUUGCCAGAGAGUGGCUGAGAAACAGGGGCCGAACAGAGCUGCGGUCGGCCCUCCAACAUGGCAACCCACAAGACCUCAUUCCCUACUGCAUCUCCCUGAGCAGCCAGCUCAACCAGAUGUCUCGUGAGGACAGGGAGGAGGAUCUCCAGGAAAGGAGGGCGAUCAGGGGGGAGGUGACGCGAGCCCUGGCCUCUCUCCCCCUCUCCUCCCUCCAGCAGGCUGCCCUGGUCAGCUCUGCCUUGGCUCAGGCCACUGAGGUUCCCAGCGAGGCGUGCUGCCAGGAGAAGGUUCUAGAAGCGCUGGGGAGGAUGACCCACGUGAUGGAACAGCACACGGAUCCAGGAGGCACCUUAGCCAUAGAAACUGGAAGGAACAUCCUCACCAUCCUAGGAAGUUAUUUGGCUUCCAGCCCCGCCUCCCCAUCCUCUAGCCCCUCCUCCCCAUCCUCUAGCCCCUCGUCCUCCCCCUCCAGGACUGCAGUGAGCGCUCUCUCCCUUGCCGGGGCGCUCAUGGGCUCCCUGAUGCGCCGGCGUUCCCCGGGUGAGGAGCCCCUCGUCCUCUCCACCCCUCGGAUUGACACCCUCGGUUUCCGCGGCAACCCCUCCCGGCUCCUGUGCACCGAUGACGACAACCCCCGCCAGUCGAACCAGUCCGACCAAUCGCAACCGGCUUCCCGGUCGACGUCGUCCAAUGAGGAGCAGCGAUACUCCUCCCCCCCUCCUCCUCCCUGCCAGUUCCUCAUCCCUGUCUCCCUCAGUGACCAGUUGAGGAAGUGGGGUUCGGAGGUGGUCCAGAUCGUCCUCAGCAUGGAGGGGGGAGGCUGGACCCCCCUCCUCACCCCCGCUAGCCCUCCCAUCUCCACCAAGAUGGCCGCCAUGGAGUUCACCACACCACAGGGCCAGCCCAUACCCAUCCAGGACCUGGACCCUGAUAGGGCCAUACGCGUCACCCUGGACAACCCACCACCAAUGGGAGUGGGUAGGGCUAGGCCUGGAAUGGGUCACAUGGGGGAGGCUGGGGGAGGGGCUGGGGAGGAAGGAACGCCCCUAGGGCUGAAUGUAACCCUUUUGACCAACGGGUGGGUGAACUUUACGGUGAAGGCUGGGGAUUGGCUGAAGCCAAAUGCUGGACUGUUCAUCACCUUCAACUUCAGCCUGCUUGCAGGAGCUGCUGUGCGUCGCUCUGGACAGGUGAGGAUCCUUGUGGCCUCUCAGGGUGGUCCUCCUGCAUCCCAGAAUGCCCUGCUCCGAGAGAUCAGCCUCUUCUUCUCCAACACGUCAGACUCCCUGGAGGAAACGGUUUUCCUCUCCCCACUUCUGAACUCCUCAGCCCAGCCUCUUUCCAUCGGCCUCUACUCCUCCCUGACCCCCGAGGCUGUCCAGGCCUCAGCCUGGGUCUUCAGCUCCCUCUGCCAGUACUACAGCCUGGAGGAGGGGCGCUGGAGCAGUGCUGGCCUCCAGCCACUGGGGGGCAGCAGCCUCCGCAGGGCCUGCUGCCUCACCCAGCACCUCACCCUGUUUGGGGCCAGCGUGUUCGUGCACCCGGAGGCCCUGGUGCUCCUGCCGCCGGAGGGCGGGCCGAUGCGUAACGUGCUGGUGGGGGUGGUGUGUGCUGUUCUGGUGGGGAUCCACCUGCUGCUGGGCCAGGCAGCCCACAGGAUGGACCUGCUGGAGAGGCUGAGGCUGGCCCAGGGCGGGCUCUGUGGGCCCCCCGGACCCCACCACUACUGGGUCCUGGUCAAGACCGGCUGGAGGCGUGGAGCAGGGACGACAGCUCACGUGGGGAUCAGUCUGCAUGGUGUGUCCCAGAGUGGAGGUCGUCACCUGGGGAGGCCGGGGGCGUUCCAACGCAGCAGCCUCGACCUGUUCCACCUGCAGACGCACCGCUACCUGGGGGAGGUGUGGAAGAUACGCCUCUGGCACGACAACACGGGCCUGGAGCCGUCCUGGUACGUGCAGCAUGUGGUGGUUGUGGACCCUCAGUCUGACCGUCUGUUCUACUUCCUGGUGGACGGCUGGCUCUCUGUGGACCAGAGGAGCCCAGCGCUGGAGAGGGAGGUGCUGGCCUCAUGUCCAGAGGAUCUCUCUCAGUUUCGGCGUGUUCUCUCCUCCCAGCUGAUUUACGGUCUGACGGAGCGUCACCUGUGGCUGUCGCUAUGGGAACGCCCCGCCCACAGCCGGUUCACGCGGGGCCAGCGGGUGACAUGCUGCGCCCUGCUGCUACACCUGUACUUGGGCCUGGGGGCGCUGUGGUAUGGGGCCACGGGCACGCACGGACACAGUGGCCCCGUUUCGUUCCGCAUGCUUGUUACCGGGGAGACAGUUGCCGUGGGGAUGGUGAUUGCUGUGAUGGUGUUUCCUCUGCAGUGUCUCCUCUGCUUCCUGUUCAGGAAGACCCGCACUCAGGUGCCGGUGGACAUCCCUCCCUCUCCCGUCUGCCAAUCAGUGGAAAUGGACGUUUAUCUUGGCCAGUCAGAAGAGGGCGUCCCGUCCUUCCUGUGUGAGGUGGAGUCUGAUGUUUCUGGAAGAGCGACUCCCUCCUCUCUGGACCCCUGGGGGGGCGGGGGAGGGGAGGGGGACGGAGGGAUGGUGAGGUGGCCCUCCUGUGACAGCCUCCUUGACCUCCCAGCAUGCAUCUGGGGCCUGACCUCUGACCCCUGUGGAGGAGAGGCCCUGGAGGUCGUCCCGACUCGGGUUCUGAAGAGGAAGAAGGCUCUGAUGAAGCCCCGUCUGGCGCCCCCCUCCUCCCUCCCUUCCCCCUCCUCCCUCCCUGCUCUCCCCUCCCCCUUCCAGCUGUCUUCUCAGGUGUCUCUGGGACAGAAUCACACCCUCACUCUGUCCGAGGAGAGUCUGCUGAGGUCCAUAGCUACAGACGUGGACCCAGACGCCCGCCCGCCCUCCUCCCCCUCGGACAGCGGUCGAUUCUCUCCUCGGACCUCCUCCCUCACUAACACUCGGAGCUGUAGUUCGUGGGGCAGCAGCUGGUCAGAGCUGAGCGUGGACAAGCCUGCGUACGGAGAGGACCUCCACAAGGCCUCCUGCCCCUCCCUCUCCUCCCCCUGCCCCUCCCCCUCUGCAUACUCCAUGGCCAGCACUGUCAUCCCAAGCCCCUCCCCUGACUCCUCCCCCGCACUCUCCCCCACACGCAUAGGUGUGUGUCGUGGUGACCCAGGCCUGGAGCUCCCUCCCUGGGCCCUGCGGGUGCUGUACCCCCUGGUGGGGCUGGUGCUGGGGGCCUGCCUGGGGCUAGUGGGGCUGUAUGGAGCCAGCUUCCCCAGCAAGGUGCUUCUGAUGUGGCUGCUGUCGUCCGGCUCGGCCCUCCUCACCUCCGCUCUGCUCCUGGAGACGUUCAAGGUGUGUGUGCAAGCCGUGUGGGAGACGGUGGUGUGGAGGCCAGUCGACCCAGAGGUGGACGAGCGUCUGGCCCAGGAGAGCUGUGGGACCAGGCAGGGGGGCCUGGAGGGGGGCGGGGAGGGGGGCAAGGUGCGCCCCCCCUGUGGGUUUGCUCUGCUGCAGGCCAUGGAGGAGGCCAGGAAGGUGCGUGCUCUGCAUGCGCUCAUCAAGAGCUGUGUGGGUCACCUGCUGUUCCUGCUGCUGGUGUUGAUGGUGAACUACCAGGCCUGUGUGGAGGAGAGCCAGGGGCGGAGGCUGCGCUCCUCGCUCACACACUCCCUGCUGCACACACACCACCUCUCCUCUGUCACCGGGUUGGGGGAGACAUGGCAGUGGUUGGACCACGCCCUGGUCCCUCACCUGUACGAGGACCCCGCCCUCCGCCUGGUGGGGUUGCCACGGUUACGGCUCAGGUGCGGCGCCGAGCCCGUCGUGACGUCGUUGUUGGGCAACGGCAGUGAGACGACACGGGCGCUGCUGUCCGCCCUGCUGAACACGACCAGGCUGACCGGCGUGGCUGUGGACUUCACCCAGUACCACACAGGGACGGCCGUGUUUGUGUGUGUGUCUGUGGGGUUGGAGCGGAGCCCCACACACGCUUUCCUCCACUCUCUCUCCGUCAGUCCUGUCCUCAUCCCUCCAUCCUCCUCAGGGCCCGGCCUGCACAUGGUGCUCAUGGUUCUCCUUCUCCUGUGCUCUCUCCUCCUCCUCUCCCGGCAACUGUGGGCCAUGGCUACUGAGCAUGCCCAGUACCUACGUCAAGGUUGGCACUGGCUCCAGCUCCUCCUGGCCUUGUUGUCCCUGGCAACGGCCGUGCUCCGACUGCACUUCCUCUCCCAGGCCACUUCCUGUCUGCUCCAGCUCCGGGUCCAGCCUCUCAGCUUCAUACAGCUCCACAGCGCCGCCCUGCUGGCCCGAGGGGCGUCCCAGCUGGCUGCCCUGCUGCUGACACUGCUGCUGCUCAAGCUGGUGGGCACCCUGGGGUUGGUGCAGCGCUGGGUUGUGAUUGGUCGGGUUCUCCAGAGGUCGUGGAGGGAGCUGGUGGGCGUGGCCUUGAUGCUGACCCUGCUGUUGCUGCUCUGCUCGCACACAGGACACCUGUUGUUCUGCAGCUCAGUGGAGGGCUUCCAGUCUGUGCGUGCUGCCAGUGUGUCUGUGCUGGAGCUGCUGCGGGGGGGCCUGGUCCAGGGGAGGCUGUGUGCGGCCCGGCCCCACCUGGGAACUCUGUUCUGCCUCCUCCUGCAGGGGGCAGCACUGGGCCUGCUGGCCAGGCUGGCUGGAGCCACCCUCCUCACAGCCUACAGGUGUGUGCAGGGGGAGCUAUGCUGCCCAGCCGCGAGGCUCCAGGACUACCAGCUGGUGGAGUUCUUCAUCAAGAGACUCAAGCUGUGGAUGGGCCUCACCAGGACCAAGGAGUUCAGACACAGGGUGCAGUUUGAAGGCAUGGAGGCCCCGCCCUCCAGAUUCUCACAGGGCUCCCUUCUGUCCUCCCCCCUUUCCCCCUGUCCUCUCUCCUCCCCCCUGUCCCCCAGUCCUCUCUCCUCCCCCCUCUCUGUGGGCCUGGGGUGGGGUGUGUGUGCUCCAGAUGGCCCUCCUCCCCAGGCCCCCCUGGACCGGCUGCUUCCCACCCUGGCUCUCCUGCUGGGUCGCUUCGACCAGGUCCUCCAGCUCACCCUGGACAUCCAGAGCCUGGAGGAGCGUCUGGAGGAGACCACCGCCAGGAGGAGGAGGAGGCUUGAUCGAGGGGUAGGAGGAGAGGAAGUGUGGGGGCAGGUCAGAGAGAGGAGAAGUGGAAGGGUCGAGAGAGAGAUUCCCCCCAGGUCUUCCAUUUCCUUGUCCUCCUCUCCUCUCUCCGUGACCCCCUCCGUCAGUCUCUCCUCUCCGCGCUCCGCCCACCUCUCCCCGCCGCGUACUCGCUGCUCCAAAUCUUCCGUGGCCCAGCCCCACCUCCACACCACCAGGGACGCCCACCCCUCGGAGGCUGCCCAGGCUGCCCACGGGAGCUCCGUCCUGGGCUUGGGCGCGGGCCCUCCUGGGGGCCUGCCCAGACGCAGGGCAUGGCACUCUGGGAGCUGUCAGUCAGCCAACGCAGCCUGGCAGGGCCCUGGGGGUGGUGGAGGAGGAGGAGGGAGAGAGGGAGGAAGAGGAGGUGGUGAUGGAGAAGGACGAGGUGGGGGAGAUGUGGGUGGAGGGGCCCCCUCAAAGAGCAGACCCAGGAGUGAGGAGGGGGACAGGGGCCACCCCAGUGAGGGGGACAGGGGCCUCCCCAGGGAGGGGUUAGGUUGCCAGAAGUGA